CAUCCAAAGGCCUGCCCGGUCUUCUGUUUCGUAGAUGCAUAGCCAGCCAAUUAGAACUGGAGUCCUUCUGCACAUACAGGGAGUAAAUCUCGCUCGUGUCUCGUGCGGUUAAGUGGUCACUGAUGGCUGGAAUGGUGAGCCUAUGGAACGAUUGGGAGGUCCAAGUCCUAGUGCUUUUCAGCUUUGUGUUGCAAGUGUUCUUGCUCAUGUUCGCCAGAAUGCGACGGCGGAACAUCUCCAUCGUCCCAAGGACCCUCAUCUGGCUAGCAUACCUGCUGGCUGACUCCAUUGCGAUAUAUAUCCUCGGCCACAUGUCCUUCUGUAGUAAGCCCCAUGAAUACCAACAGCUCGCGGCGUUCUGGACGCCGUUCCUGUUGAUGCAUCUUGGUGGCCAGGACACUGUCACCGCCUAUGCCAUGGAAGACAACUAUCUGUGGCCACGCCACCUACUCUCUCUGAUUGUGCAAGCCCUUGGAGUAGCUUAUGUCUUGUACAAGUAUACUACAGGCAGCCGGACCUUGGUCACAGGCGCGGUGUUGAUAUUUGUCGCUGGUAUUCUCAAGUAUGCGGAGAGAGUAUGGGCGCUCAAGUCAGCCAACCUGGAGAACAUCAGUAACCUCCUCGAAAGCAGGAAGUUCAGAGAGGCUCGACAACAGGAUCAGAUAGGGCCUUACCGUCCGCGUGAACGGUGGGGCCAAGCAGAGCAGUUGGGUUCUGAAGAGAUUCUACAGGGAGCUCAUGACCUGCUCCCCAUUUGCAUGGGUCAGUUCAUGGAUUAUAAGUUUUGGCCGUCCCCAUUCCAGAGUAAAGCCAUAAGAUUUUUUGGUGAUAAGGGCUACACGUAUGAGUUGAUUGAGAUGCAGCUGUCCCUGAUGCAUGACGUCCUUUACACCAAGGCAGUCGUGAUCAACACAUGGUGGGGAUGCUUCAUCCGUGCCAUUUCAUUAGUUGCCAUCAUCGCCACAUUCUUCCUGUUUCGAUCCAGCACUAGCAAAAAUGUUUUCAUAAGAGUUGAUGUCGUCGUCACGUAUAUCUUACUAGGUGGGGCUUUCCUCCUAGAGAUGACAGCAGUGUUGAGGGCGAUUGGCUCAACAUGGAUGUGUGCAUUGUUGCGUGCUGGAAGGUGGGAUUGGCUCCACCACAUAACCAUAUCUGCUCGGCGGUAUGUCAAGGCAGGGAAAAGAAGUAGAAGAUGGUCAGGUUCCAUUGGACAACAUAAGUUUCUGCAGCUGCAGCUUAAUGGGCCCAGUGUUCAUGUUACCAUUGGACCCAAGCAAGGUAAUUCGUUUGUAUGUUGGGACUUGUGGAAGAAGAUACAUCCCUCCUUAACGGUGAUUUCAGAUGGUACUAAGGAGUUAGUGCUGAAAGAGAUACUCAGAAUGGUGAAGGCGUGUGCGGGCAAAGAGGAAAUCAUGACGAGUUAUAGUGGUCAGUGCGCGUUGAAUCCAUGGCACGGAAUCUUUGAGGAUCCCACCAUAAACACUGGCAUUGAUUUUGAUGACAAAAUUUGUACCUGGCAUUUUGCAACCGAAAUAUUCAUCUUUACUUGGCAUGCAGGGCCCCUUGUGGAGGCAAUCAGGGAGCUGUCUAACUACAUGAUAUUCCUCCUUGUUGAACGGCCCUACAUGCUGCCUAGCCCUGUCCGCCCCGGAUUGUAUGCCAAUACUGAAGUACAAAAUGUGGGAUGGAGCUCUGUUCCCAUAUUGUAUGCCAAUACUGAAAUAGGAAGUGUGGAAUGGGGUAGGCGAGGCGCAAAGAAUCUCAUUGAACGCAUCAAAAGCAGGCAGCUUGGUUCUACAGCUCCACCUGCCUUGGCCCGUGGAGCAGAGCUUGCCAGAUUGCUGCUAGACAUGGAGGAGCGGGGCGUGCCAGGGGUGCUACAGGUGAUACUUGGAGUGUGGGUAGAGAUGAUGUGCUAUGCGGCCCACCACUGCAGCAGGGAUUCCCACGCCAGGCAGCUCAACAGCGGCGGUGAGUUCAUUACCGUCAUCUGGCUUCUAUCAACUGCCAUGUUCAAUCGCACCUACUGUGGCGAACCAUCGUUUAAGGAGGACGUGAAUAAAUUCUUCCGUCCACUAUUCGCAGACAAGCCUACAUGCUUACAGCGCUUUGUGGACCAAUCUGAGAUGUUCAAUUUGUAGAGAUAAUCUUAUGUGGGUCAUCUUCACCAUAAAUAAAAUAAAAUACUCCUCCCAUCCAUAAUGUAAGAUAUUUUUUGACACUACACUUGUGUCAAAAAACAUCUUACAUUAUGGGACGCAGAGAGUAGUUCUCUAUUUAUUAUUGCAUAUAAAGUGAGAUUCAGAUUGAAUUUCGUGUAUAAAU